AAAAUGGCGCCCUUUACGAUUUUCGGAGCUUGACGGCUUGCAGUGGGCAAUGUCACACGAAACAUGACGCGUGUUUCGCCUCUAUAGUGGCUGGAAACGACGAACGAUGCCGGUCAUAGGCAUGGACAGCGGACUAUGGAUACCAGCGGCCCUCGGCAACCCCCCGAAGGAGGUAAUCACCGCUCACAAGCUCGCUAUGCUCGUGCUCGUGUCCGAGUACUGCCGCGUUAAGAUGCGACGGCACGUCAAACCGAACGAGGAGCCGUGGUCGCACACAAAUCAGCAAUGUCGGGACUUCGCUGUUUGCUCUCUCAAGCUCCUCCAGAGCCCCGACGUACCGCUGAGCGAUUUGCUUGCCGCGCUGCGCCCAGUGUUGCACCCAAAAACGCUGGACCUCUUCACUGAGGAGGUGGCCAUCAUGCGAGACUCCGGCGUAGCGGGUAUCAUGGACUACGUCCCCAAUCUAGACAACCUUCUCGCCGAUCCCGUCGCCGCGACGCCCGCCGUGCUGCACAAAAGCAGCGUCCUAGGACUGUUCGUGCGACGCAUGCUGCUCGCCCUGGACAAGCUCAACUUCAGCGCGCUCGUAAACUUGCACAAGAGCUUCCGCUUCUACUGCGACGAGGGACUGCGCCGACCCGAUGGAGCAGACGACUGCGCCGUCGGGUUAGCGCGACCGGCGGCGACGCAGCGUCAGGCAGAUUUGUUCCUGGCGCAGCAGGUGAUGCUGAUGCAGCUCAGCGAAAAAGCCGCCCUACCGCCGCCGCAGCUGCAACGGCGAAUCAACCAACUGUUGGCCGGUAGCCGAGACCUCUUCGAAGCCCACUAUCUCAGCUUCCUCAACUGCCUCGCCGUUCGCGAGUACAGCGGAGCGGACGACAGCCUGCGGCACUACUUUGACCGCGCCGUACCCGAGACCGCCAAGGGCGCCGUCGAAGACGGCGGCGCGACCCGAAACCUCCGGUACGCGUCUUUCAACCUGGCCACGCUGCACGCGAAGAUGGGUCACCGCGGCGAAGCCCUGAUCGCCCUUCGCGAAGCCAUCACGCUCGCGCAGGACGCCAACGACGCGGCCUUCCUGCAGCACGCCCUGUCGUUCCUUUGCCGACUUCAGGGCAGCCGCUGCGACCCUUCCCAGCUUCGUUGUCUCAUUACGCGCGCCUCCGAGCUAGGCCUACACGGCGUCGCCUCGUUCGGCAUACAGGCGCUGGCGCGCGUUGAAGGCGAGGCGGGCGUUGCGCCCAGCGCCGUCCUCGAGUUGCUGGGCAAGAGCGACCUCCUCAACUGCCAGCACGCCAUGUCCGAGCCCGCGGCGCUAGCCGAGCGUGCGGCGCUCUGGGCUUUCUACGGAUUCCAGGCCCUCUCCCAGCUCCAGUCGCACUGGCUGCUGCACGCCUCUCGCGGAGACCCUCUCAGGGCCUCGGGAGUGCAGCCCCUGGGAGAGGCAUCGGCCCUGGCUCUCCGCAACCUGGCCGUCGCCUUUACGUUCCAUGGCCAGCACCAGAAUGCCAAGAAUAUCCUCAACUUCGGCAAGUCGCUGUUCCCUCAGUACUCUGAUUCGUACAAGACGCUCAAGUUGUGCUACCUCGUCACCUCCUUCAACGUGUCCCUGUACCAGGCAAACUGGCCGCUGGUGGAGAAGCUCGCUUCGGGCAUUCGAGUACUGGACCGCUACGAGGGCGACCUCUGUCGGGCACGCUCCCUCCUCUGGCAGGGCCACUUCACGGCAGCGCUGGACCUGAUUGACACCUUGUUCAAGGAAUGUUGCGACACAGGAAUUAAUUUUGUUGGCUGUGUGCCACACUUCGUGGGUCGUCUGUAUCAUCUCAAGGCAGAGCUCUUCAUUGAAGCUUCGCAACCUAUGCUUGCCAUCCCGGUUCUUUGCAAGGGUCUCACGCAUGCCGAGAAGCACCACCUGGCUUACAUUCGAGCCAUGCUUGUCGUACUGAUGGCUGAGGUUCAGUUUCAAAUCGGCCUGCCGGGACACGCAAGCACGCUGCUCGAUGAAGUAGUGACGAUCGUUCUCUCUCACGGGAGCCUUGCAGACAUCGGACAGCUGUGUCUUCUGCGUGCUAAGUGCGUGUUUUCUAGCAAGGGGGUGGAAGCAGCAGGCAAAGCGAUCCAACUUGCAACGACGUCUCUAGACACUUACACUAAGGUGCAGUUGAAGAAAGGCAUAAGAGACGCAGCCUAUUGGCUAGCAUUAACUUGCCACGCGGUAGGCUUGGAGGAGCAGCGAAAUGCAGCUGCCCAGCGAUUUCGCCAGGUUGAUGAAGAAAUGGCUGAAAAACUGUUGUACGUUGUAUAAAAGUAAUGUUCUUCAUAAAUGCUGUGACAGUAUCUUUACUU